AUGGGUAUAAAUAAUCCAAUUCCAAGAAGUCUGAAGAGCGAAACAAAAAAAGCUGCUAAAGUUUUAGCGAGUUUUGUGAAGCCCAAUCAAGUAUUCGGUGCGGAUCAAGUUAUCCCCCCAGAAGUGUUGAAAAGAGCGAAGGGGCUAGCUGUUAUUACAGUUCUAAAAGCUGGGUUUUUAUUCUCGGGCAGAGCGGGAUCCGGUGUGAUCGUAGCAAGAUUAAAAGAUGGCACAUGGUCAGCACCAUCGGCAAUCGCCCUGGCAGGAGCAGGAGCAGGGGGUAUGGUUGGUGUUGAGCUGACUGAUUUUGUGUUCAUCCUGAAUUCAGUAGAAGCUGUAAAAGCUUUCAGUGAAUUCGGAACGAUCACCUUAGGUGGUAACGUUUCUGUAUCAGCUGGUCCCUUGGGUAGAAAUGCAGAGGCUGCAGCGGCAGCUUCUGCUGGUGGUGUAUCUGCGGUAUUUGCUUACUCUAAGAGUAAGGGGCUGUAUGCUGGUGUUUCUUUGGAAGGUUCUGCCAUUGUGGAAAGAAGAGAAGCAAAUAGAAAGUUUUAUGGCAAUAAUUGUACUGCAAAGAUGGUUUUGGCCGGUCGUGUAAGACCACCGCCAGCUGCUGAUCCUUUAUUUCGUGUUCUAGAGUCAAGAGCAUUCAAUUUCAGAUCCAGAAGUGAUGAUGAUUACGAUGAUGACCGUUCCGGGGAUGAUUUUUAUGAUGACAUUCCUGAUUCUUUCGAUUCUUCAGAUACUUCUUCUACGAGGCCGAAUACCAGAACUACGAGACAAAGAAGGAGUGGAUCCCGUGGUUAUGAUGACUUUGAUGAUGAUUUCGACGACGAUUAUGAUUCAGGACGUCAAAGUUAUGCGCGUGGUGGAAGGAAUCGUGAUUCUGAUAAUGCUUUCAAUGAUAGCACCUCGGAUGCUAAUGAAUACUACCAGAGUCAUAGGAGACAAGAAAAUAGAAGAUCUCAACCAACAAAUACUCGUUGGGAAGAUGACUUAUACGAUCGUGAUAAUGAUGUAGACGAUUUGUCCAAUAGAUUUUCAAAAUCUCGCAUCUCCUCUGCAAGCAAUGGUAGAGUUUCAAGACCGCUGUCUGAAAAACCAGAUUUUGGCUCACCUCGUUCACCAUCUUCGUCAUCCAACGCACCAAAAGCUGUUGCAUUGUAUAGUUUUGCUGGUGAAGAAAGCGGUGAUUUACCAUUCAGAAAAGGUGACGUGAUAUCAAUUCUUAAAAAAUCUGAGUCCCAAGAUGAUUGGUGGACUGGGAAAGUUAAUGGUAGGGAAGGUAUUUUUCCUGCUAAUUACGUGGAACUUGUUUAA